AUGGUCUCUUCAGCAUGGCUACGCAGACAAUUGUUACAAAACUUAGAGGCAAACCUAGAUGUCCCAGUUGAUUCAGUGCAGAGGCUGUGCAUACUAUGCAGACAAUUGUUACAAAACUUAGAGGCAAACCUAGAUGUCCAAAUUGAUUCAGUGCAGAGGCUGUGCAUAGAAAAGUACAGGAUCCAUGUGAAGUUGAGAUUGUUAUACAAAGUGAAGAGUUUAGCUAGAGAACAAUUACAUGUUGGGUUUGCUGAGUCCUAUCCAACUCUUCCAAAAUACACUGAAAUGAUAAAGUCCACAAAUCCUGGGUCUUAUGCUCUGGUUACAUGGACUGAGAGUUUGAAAUUCAAGGCCUGUUUCAUAAAUUUUGCAACUCAAGUGAGAGGAUUCUUAAAUGAUGGUGCACAUUUAAGUGGGUAUUACAAAGGGAUUAUGCUCACUGCAGUUGCAAUAGAUCGGAAUAAUGAGAUGUUUGAGUUAGCCUAUGGGGUUGUUGACAUAGAGAGUAUAGAUUCCAGGACUUAUUUCUUCAAAAACUUAAGAUGUCUGUUUGCUCAGUAUGGAUAUCAGAAGGAUGACUGGACUUUUAUCAGUGGCAGGAUGAGGGGGUUGAAUCAACAUUGUUUGAGGUGUUCCCAAGAGCUACCAGGAGAAUAUGCUGCUAGCAUUUGUACUCAAAUUGCAGGAUGGAGUGGGACAUCAUUUCAUAAGCAGUUUUGGAUUGCUAUAAAAGAGUUUGAUGCAACAACAUAUGAUUAUCUCACAAAUGUAGAAAAGCAGUGGAGUGUGCACAUGUUUGACACGACAGUUUGUUGUGAUCAUAACACAACAAACUUCGUAGAGUCAUUCAAUGCAAUAACAAAGGCCAACAGGGACAUGCCUGUGUUGACAUUGCUGGAAGCUGUUAGGAAUUGGUGCAUGAAAAGGAUGGAUUCCAGGUUCGAUAAAGCAGUGGACAUGGAACCUAAUGAGCUAACAGAGCAUGCAAAGGGGGUGCUGGCGACUAGGACUGACGAGUUUAGGUUCUACCAUGUCACUGCAGCUGGUGGUGGAGAGUUUGAGGUGAGGGAUGACCAUGUCAAGUUCCCUGUCACCCUUGGAAAUAUGACUUGUGGGUGUGGGAAAUGGCAAGGAUCAGGGAUCCCUUGCAAGCAUGGUCUCAGGGUCAUUUACAACCAAAGACUUGAUCCUAAGGACUUUGUCUCACCUUUCUACAAGGGGUCUGCAUACAAACUCACUUAUGGAGACCACAUCCACCCCAUGGCUGAUCCAACUCACUAG